AUGACCGGAACUGUCUAUAUUGUCAUUUACUCUCUGUACCAUCAUAUAUACAAGUUAGCAAUUGAUGUCCAAAAGGGUCUUGAGGCUGCUGGUGUAGAAUCGAAGAUCUUUCAAAUUGAGGAAACAUUAUCCGAAGAAAUUCUUAAAAAGAUGCACGCUCCUCCUAAGCUAGAUCUUCCUAUCAUUACUGUCCAACAGCUCACUGAGCCUGAUGGUAUAAUCUUUGGUAUUCCUACCAGAUUCGGAAGUAUGCCUGCACAGAUGAAGGCUCUCUUGGAUGCUACUGGAAAGUUAUGGGCUACAGGUGCUCUGUCUGGUAAAUUUGCCGCUACCUUUUUCUCAACUGGAGGCCAGCAUGGUGGCCAGGAAACCACUGCUUUAACAACCGUGCCAUAUUUUGCUCACCAUGGGAUGAUCUAUGUUCCUUUUGGUUAUGCCAAUCCUCAUUUGUUUGACAAUUCAGAAAUCAUUGGUGGCUCUCCUUAUGGUGCUGGCACGAUAGUAAAUGGAGAUGGAUCACGCCAGGUUUCAUCCAAGGAACUAGAGAUUGCUCGAAACCAGGGUGAAAACUUUGGAAAGAUCAUUAGUACUUUUGUCAAGGGAAAAGCCAUCUAA